GUAAUAUUAUAAAAUGUUUUAAUCGCGGAUUGUUCUCUGGUGAUCGUGACAUCCUACAUAUUAUUUAUAACGAAAUUGUGCGACGUGGCUUACACAAUACGGCUUACGUUAAAAAUAUUGUAUCCAGGUAUGAUGAACGACGUAACAUACAAGAGAUGCUAGCGAAUGACGAGGACGAUACAUUUCUAAUUGAGUGUAUCGAGCAAUUUGAAAACUGUAUUCCAACCACGAGCCCUAACAAUAACGAAUUAAUCGGUGAAAAUAGCAUCACUGAUAACACUGCUAACACUGCAGAUAUUACGGAUAAUACUGGUACGAUUAAUGAGGAAAACAAACACGAUAUAAAUAACGAUCGUGACAACUCUAAUGAAUUUUUAAUGGAGGGUGGAGGAUGGCUGUGGCAGGAAUUUCUAAAACUUCCUCAACCAACGGCGUCAAAAACGAUACAGAGUGGUUACGUUAAUGAAAAACCAUUUGACGCUGUACAAGAUGUCGGCUUAAUUAAUAACGCCGUUUGCGCUGAUAAUAAUAAUGAGUUUCCGCGGUUUUCUCAGGAACUAUCGUUGGAAAUGGAACGGGACGUUGAUGCUAUACAGAGUAUCUCUAUGGUUAGACCCGUGACAAUAACAGACAAAUCGUUGGAAAUGGUGCAGAACGAUGAUGAUAUACAAGGCACCUCUUUAGUGGAGUCUACGACAAUAACAGACGAGGUCACCGAUACUAAUAACGGGUCUGUACCUGUGAGUCAUACGACGGAGGUCGUAAACUCGUUUAAACACCUUGAAGAUUAAGUAUAUCAUCAAUGCAAGUAGGGUGUGGUCGCUCUACUGCUGUAGAAGUGGGGGAAAAAGAAGAGUCGCACGAGAUUAGG